UCUGUUCCGUCACACACAACAAAAGCCCAAAAAAGUGAGACUUUUUGAACUGUCAAGUACAACAAAAUGGAUAAUAAUCAUCGCCAAAUCUCCGCCACGAAAUCCGACGGCGUAGAAGCUUCGGACGGUGUGGGACAGGGGAAGCUAUACUCUCCUGACCACGCGAUCAAAAUCGCUACAAAACGAGACGAAAACGUGGACCAGGGGAACCUAUACUCUCCUGACCACGCGAUCAAAUUAUCAGAGAAGCCUAACCCCAACCAAUCUGUGGAAUCAUCGGAUUCAAAAGAAGGAGAGAAGCAGAGCAAGACGACGAUGGUGUUGGGACUGAAGAGUCUUGCAUCGGUUAAGGAUAGAGUUUUAGAGAAACUAGCCGCUGCUUCGGUUCCGUCGGAGUCGCUCGAAAACACUAAGCAGUUUUUGGAAGGUGUGAUUAAGGAUGUCGCCGGAGCGGCUCAGGGGAUGACGAAAGACGCUUUGCACCGGAUUAAAACCCAUCUCACUGUUAUUCUCCCCUCUGUUUCUCCUGACGUCACCNCUUCUUCUUCUUCGUCCCUUCUCUCACUACUCUGUAACUUCACUUCCUUCGUCUAA